UAUAUAUAUUUCCAUAGCCACCAUUGUUCCUUCACCAAUACACGAAAAAUUGACAAUACUACUUCAUCAAUAUUCGUAAUCGAGCUAGUUCUAAUUUAUUUCAUGGAUCCAACACAAGCCAGAACUACCUCCGGAGCCAGCCAUUCGUCGUCCCAUAAGCCCAACAGCCACCCAAAACCAUCCAAAUCUGAGCUGAUGUCCAGCGCUAAGCUAGUUGCCGACGCGGCCAAAGCAAAACUCCAUCACGAGCCAAACAGUAAGGUCGACAAGUCUGAGCUCGCCGGAGCCGCCGCUGACCUACUUAACGCCGCCUCACAGUAUGGCAAACUAGAAGAGAAAGGCAUCGGCAAAUUCGUCGGAAAAGCAGAGACUUAUCUCCACAAAUACGAAACUUCUCAUUCCACCACCACAACCACCACCACUACUGGAACAACCACCACCACCUCCACGACUGAACACACGCAGUCCUCGGCGCAUACAGGGGGAAAACACGAACAAUCUGGAAGUGGGUAUGGCGAGUACAUUAAAAUGGCUGAAGGAAUUUUCAAGAAACAUUCCGAUGGCACCCACUCAUCGGAAUCCGGCGGAGGUAAAAAAGGAGAGUAUCUUAAAAUCGCUGGAGAUUUCUUGAAGAAGCAUUGACUUGUACUAUGUGAAUUCCUUUUUAUCAUUUGUUUUAGAACUUUUUGCUGCAGUUCUACUAUUGUUAUAUAUCAGUGGAUAGGUGUGAUUUGUAAUGUGUGGCCUAGGCUGCAUUGCCGAUGGUGCUAGCCAAUGAAAAUAAUUUUGUUUUAACA